GCUCAAGCUCAGAAGCUAUUAAAAAUGUCGAAAUGACGUCAGAACGUGAUUGACUCGGCUGAUAUUAACGACGGUGAGGACUUUAGGGUUCAUGCUUCCAUGGAUAUUACUAAGAUCUCAAAUUUUGACAACGAGAGACAUCCCAAGAGGAUUGCCGAACCGAGGAUGAAGAUGAGAAUGAAACCUGAACUUCUCGCAUCUCUUAACAAUCUCGAUGAUGGUUGUCUCAUGCACAUCCUCAGCUUCCUAUCUCCAAUUCCAGAUAGGUAUAACACAGCACUCGUUUGCCACAGAUGGAGAUAUCUGGCGUGUCACCCUCGCUUGUGGCUUCGUGUUGACCGUUUUGUGAAGGAUUUAACCAAGCCUGGAGUUUACCCCAGCAUUGAAGCAGCCGUAUCUGCAGCGAGACCCGGCGAUACCAUUUUAAUAGGAGCUGGUGGGAAUCAUCGUGUUUCUAAUAUUCAGAUUAAAAAGCCUCUUUGCCUGAUUGGUGGAGGUGAGAUUCCUGAUGAAACCACCCUCGUCUGUUCUCGAGGUUCAGACAGUGCCCUGGAAUUGCUAUCAACCUGCAAGCUUGCGAAUUUAACAGUGAAAGCCGAGCUCGGCUGCUGCUUGCUGCAUAGGAGUGGAAGGCUAACAAUCGAUGGAUGCGUGCUUCAAUGUGAAACAAACCCUUUGGAUCAUCUCUCUUGCCCAAUCGUGAGCACUGCAGGAAAUGAAGAAGAUAUCUUGAGCCACGUGGAAGUGAAGGAAGCUGUUGUUGAAAAAAUCAAGGGACACAGUGUGAGCGUAUUGCAGACAAGGAUCGAGGGAGGUGCAAAGGCUGUUUCGACGAGCGGAGACUUGGUUCUGCAGCGUGUUCGAGUCAUGUAUUCGAAGGCUUACCUCUACUUUUGGUUUGAUGUAGAUCAUGAGUGAAAGUGAUCUUUGUUGUAUGUUAGAUUACUUACACCUUUUCUUCAACCUGUAACAUAUAUAAUCUGUGUGGGAUGGGUGGUCAUCGUCAUCAUCAUCUCCCUUUGUACUUUUUUAUUUCCCUUUUAAGACAGAACAGGUCUCUUUGUCUGUGUAUGAUUAUGUUAAGACUAAAGUCCUUUUUUGGGCAAAUUCAGUUUCA